AUGGAAUCGCCUAUCGACACCCUUUUAAAGGACCCCAUGUGUACUUUAGAGAAGUUAAUGGACGUCGAGGACUUUUCUCGCGAGAUGAAGACAAACGCGAAGUUAAUAGAGUACUGCAGUACUCCCCAACGCCUUCAGAGUAUCAUUCAGUAUUCUCUCUGUGAUAUUCCCUCUUCCCAAACCCGUGAGAGUGUUCUUAAAUAUCAUUAUAUCUGUUCUUCCUUAUUCUCCGAUGAAGUCUCUCACAUCAUCGAUCCCAUCGCGCAGUCCACCGACAUCGUGAGGUAUUUAUUUGAUUCACUUAAUACUCCCAACGUGACAAAGAUGUCGAAUGCGGCGGUAAUUUUAUCUUCUGCGAUCUCGGUCGACAAUUCCUUUGUUUUGGAAUACCUCAAUACCAAUGAUGACGUCAUCACAAUCUUAAUCACUCAUUUAGAAGUCGACGGGGUCUUAGAAUUAUUACUUGAAGCUAUUAAAUUAGAAGAUAUUAAUAAAAAUGGAACUAUAGAUCAAGUCUGUCGACUUGGCUUGAUAGAAGCACUGUUUAAAACCCUCCAAAGUCAUCCCUCUCUUGACGCUCUUGACAAUAUCACUGCGUUUGUACAUAACCUUGUCAUCUGGAAGAUCUCAAAUAGUGACUCAUACACAUCGAAGUUCGUCACGAAGAUCAACGAGUCGCCGGAACUCAAUCAAUUCGUCCAUUUCGCGUUCACGACGCAAGACGACUUCGUCGCGGCGCAGUGCCUCCAAAUCAUCUCAAACAUUUUGGCGUGCUCGACUGUCUUGACAUAUAAAGACCAAGUGACUCUGCCGGGGAUCUAUGUCGCGCUGAUACAACACUUAAGCCAAUUUGAAGAGAUCUUUGUCAAGAGGAAGAUUGGGACGCUGACAAACAAUUUGGUGUAUAUAGUCUUGUCUUUAGUCCUCUCCGGAUAUGACAAAGUGCAUGAGGAAAUUACUCGGCAGACUGUCUUGAAGAGUAUGAUUGCCGUCUUUUAUGGCGCCCACUCGAGCACGGUAGUGAGACAGACGGUGCAAAUCACUGUGGCGUCGAUUUUAAGUAGUGGCACGACAUGCCUCAAAGUCAAUUUAUUAGAUGGUGGGAAUUUAUUAGAUCUGAUGGUACAAAAGGACAAAGAGGCUUUGGAGGAGAAGGAGAAGAAGAACAUAGCGCCAGACUAUUGGCUGAUAGGCGAGAAAAUGAUGAUUGGGUUCUAUCACUUCAUAGAAGACAAAGACGAACAAAAUGAAGUGAAAGAGAUCAUCGAGAAGAACGCCGAGUUUGUCAAUUACAUGAAGAACGUCGUGAUGGUCAGAGAAGACUACAAAUCAGGCUAUUUUGGUAAGAUUGCACAGGGAGAGGAAUUUACAGACGAAAUUGAUUUCGACGACGGCUUUGAGGAAUUCGAGGAGGACGAAGAGUAA